AUGGACGCGAAUUCGUCGACGUUCGCCCAGCUACUACGGAGGAGCUCGCCGGAGCGGGACCUAGUUUCCUGGUCUGCGUUGGAGCUACUCUCUCGCCAAGAGCUGGAGCGGUGCUGCUGCGUCCGUGCAGCCGCGGGAGAAGAGCGUGCAAGAGGUGAUGCUGACUGCUGCGUUGGUGCGCGCGAGAGGAGAUGGCUGACAGGCGUUGGUGAUGGCGCGGUGCUGCUGCGUCCAUGGAAGCAUGACGUUGACUGGCGUUGCUGCUGUGUUGGAGGCGGAACGGUGCUGCUGUGUUGGAGGCGGUGCUGCUGUGUUGGAGGCGGUGCUGCUGUGUUGGAGGCGGUGCUGCUGUGUUGGAGCGGUGCUGCUGUGUUGGAGGCGGUGCUGCUGUGUUGGAGCGGUGCUGCUGUGUUGGGGAAGCGGCGAGUGGAAAAGCAGCAACUGGAUAAGCGGCGACUUGAGAAGCACUCACACACUCACACACUCACUGCCUACAUGCAUGCCCAUCCCUCUUCCUGCCAUCCCUCUGCCAGCACACCCACAGGCCGGCAGCAGCAGCGAGCAUGGAGGAGCAGUGCAAGCAGCGUGGCGAGUGAAGAGGCGAGUGGUGGGAUGACGCACGGGAAGGAGGAGAGGGAGGAGGAGGCAAGGUGGCAAGGAAAGGGUGGUUUCUCACUUGCUGGAAGCAUGGGCAUCUCACCUGCUGCUGUGACUGCCGUGUGUCGUGACGCCCUGCGAAGGCAAGCAGCAGCGAGGCUAGGAGAAGGAGAGAGGUCUGCAAUGACACUACAGCUGACAGCAACAGUGGUUGGCAGCAGAAGAGAAGACCAUCAGUGA